CGGGUGACGCGCCUGCGGGGCUGUGGGGACCGGACGGGCGCAGCCUUGUCUCCUCCCCGCCGCGCACGGGGCUCUUCUAGCCCCGCAAAACUCCGUUUCCCGCCUGGGCCUGGGGCCGAACCAGCCUCCCCCGCCUCAGGCUCCAGCGGGUAGAGAGCGUUAGCCCAGCGCGCCAGCCCGGAGGUGGGGCCCGUUCUCCUUUUCCCCAGAACGGGCCCUGCUUCUACAGUACUCACAGGCCCCCUCUCACCGGCGCUGCGUAUCCGUCCCUGCCUCGUCCCAGCGCCCUGGGGACACAGCCAACGGCAUCCUCUUGUCAAACAAGGGAAACCGAGGCAGAGAGACUAGAACUCGCCCAGAGUCGCAUAAGAAGUCCAUGGCAGAGCUGGGAAUUGAACGGAGCGCCCAGGAGUCCCGCCCCUGUCAGCCCUAAAACCCGCUCUUCUUUCCCCCCCGAGGCUGUUUGUUUCCAUCUUGUAAUGCGGCUGGAUAGCAGACUAGUGCAUUGGUGCUCUGGUUUGCAACACCAGCAAGCACUGAAGAUGACUGAAGUUUUGCAGUGAGGAUCUCUGCAGCCUUGGGAUAGCCGUUCCGACGGAGGAGACUUGAGUGGUAGAAUGGCCUUUGUGGUGGUGAUGGUGCAGAUCUUUAAGUUCAACAUCUGGAAAGCUGAAAGACUUUCAUUUCCUUUUAGUUGCAACAGUCAUUUUCGGGCAGUCCGACAUCUUUUGGCUCAGGAGAAGGAGCCAUCGCAAUCUUCAUCACCCACAGGGUUUGGGAAUGGAGGAAAUUCACACCACCACUGCAGCCACGAGCUUCCAAUAUUGGGACUUGGGAAUGCUGCUGCACGAGUGAUCCCCAAAUCACAUCCUCCUCCCAAAAGCUAUAAAGGCCUCAUCCCUCAGAAGAAUUUGCGGUGGCAGUGGAAGUCUAGAAAGAGAAGCACUGAGCAGGCUGCAUCUUCCAGUGAGGAAUUUAGGAACCUGAGAGAGGAUGACUUUUCAAAAGAGCAGAAAAGACCAGUGCCAAAGCCGAUGUCCAUUGAAAGGACCAAAGGUUCGGAGAUCUUGUUUGGCAUUGCGCCCUGCUCCCUGGCUUUCUCGCAGUCAAAGAGGGACUUUUUCCAGUUGUUCCUCAAGUCGGACAGCAGCUGCGCACGGCCUGUGAUGGAAGAGUUUGCCCAACGAGCUAAGGCCUGCGGGGUCCCCGUGCACCAUGUCAGAAGGCAGGUGCUGGAUGCUCUUUGCAAAGGUCGAGUCCACCAGGGAGUUUGCUUAGAGGUCACUCCUCUCCAUCCUAGUAGCUUGGAAGAAGCUGAAGCUCCCCAGGUUGGUCUGGGCACACAGCUGAUUUGGCUGGUGCUGGAGCAGAUACAGGAUCCUAUGAAUCUGGGUGCAGUGCUGCGUUCCGCGUACUUCUUAGGAGUUGACAGAGUGGUGACCAGCCAAAAGGGCAGCUGCCCCCUUACUCCUACGGUGAGCAAAGCAAGCGCUGGAGCCAUGGAGGUUUUGGAAGUAUACAGCACAGAUAAUCUCCAGAGAUUUCUGAAGGCUAAAACUGAAGAAGGCUGGGAAGUCAUAGGAACAGUCAGCAAAUCUGAGGUUGAGGAUAAGGUCCCCGUCAUCAGCUGCUUAGAGUUUCACUGGAAUAAACCCACUGUUUUAGUAUUAGGGAAUGAAGGGUAUGGGCUGUCUUUGGAGACAAGAAGUUUGUGCCACAGGAUGCUAAUCAUCCCUCCUGGAAGAACGUUGCAGCCUGGGAUUGAAUCAUUAAAUGUUUCUGUUGCUACUGGGAUUCUCUUGCAUUCUAUAUGCAGCCAAAAAAUAAAGUAACGGAAUGUGAUUUUACUGUGAAUUGCAUAGAUCUUUAAAAAUCCAACCCUUUUGAGCAGGGAAAACAGUUCAGUAUUGUGUGACUUCACUGAUAAUCAGUAGAGGCAGAAACCUUGUUGCACUUUCCAGAGUCUUUGUACAACUGUGAGCUUCUGAGAAGCUAAGAAGAAAGUAAACACUGAACCUUCUGCUGUGGAAUGUUCAACUUAAACUUUAGAAGAUUCCAGAUACCAUUCCAGGUUAUGUCCAACGUCCUACUCUUCCAGGUUGUCUCUGCACAAUGUUCCACCUGAGUACUGGAUGCACUGGCUUCAUCGAACUGUGUUUACAGACUGCUAAAAGCUCCAGGAACUUGUUGAAUACAUAAACUCCAAGAGACAAGAUUAAAAGAAAAUGUGACAGAGAGAAAGCUAGAUUUUAAAAACAGGUAGCCAAAUCUCUCUCUGUUUACUAAUGCAAAACAGCCAUUAAAAUAAAUGAACCUUG